AUGAACGAGAAUCAAGACCCUGAACUACUUCCCAUUGAUCUAGAAAUCGAGCACACCUUUAGAAGAAGGCGAAGAAUACAAAAGUCAAAAAGGGAAGUAGUAGUGAUGCAUGCUAAGAAAGGGGCUCAACAGGGAGCCGCCCAGAGGGUAGCUCCUCUACCAGGAGUCGCUCAUGAUCCACCAGUAAAUACAGCAGGAGUUGCUCAAGAUCGAGCAGCUCAAGGGGGAGUAGCUGCCAAGAAUGGGCAAAAUGCAGUUAUUGUGGCUGAUGACAGAGAUCAUGCUAUAAGGCAAUAUUCUCUCCCCCUCUUCAAUGAGCUUAAUCUAGGAAUUGUCACACCAGAAAUUCAGGCAGCACAGUUUGAAUUGAAGCCAGUCAUGUUCCAAAUGCUUCAAACUGUGGGUCAGUUUAGUGGGAUGCCAACAGAGGAUCCUCACCUUUACCUUCACAUGUUCAUUGAAGUAAGUGACUCUUUCAAGCUGCCCAGAGUGACAGAGGAUGCAUUGAGACUAAAGUUGUUCCCAUACUCCUUGAGAGAUAGAGCCAGAGCUUGGUUGAACUCCUUGCUAUCUGAUUUCGUGAGUACUUGGCAAGAGGUGGCUGAGCGGUUCUUGAUGAAGUAUUUUCCUCCCACUAAAAAUGCCAAGCUUCGCAAUGAGAUUACUUCAUUUCAACAACUUGAUGAAGAAUCCUUAUAUGAGGCAUGGGAGCGGUUUAAGGAGUUGUUACGCAAAUUCCCUCACCAUGGAAUUCCUCAUUGCAUCCAAAUGGAAACCUUCUAUAACGGUCUUAACGCUCAUACUAGGAUAGUGGUUAAUGCUUCAGCGAACGGGGCUCUUCUUGCUAAGUCCUAUAAUGAGGAAUAUAUAGUGAAGAAUGAAGCUAUUAUUCAGAGCCAAGCGGCUUCAUUGAGGAACUUAGAAAACCAAGUUGGGCAACUAGCUAAUGAGCUUAGAAAUAGACCCCACGGUACACUGCCAAGUGAUACCGAGAAUCCAAGGAGUAUAGGGAAGGAACAUUGUAAAGCUGUCACUUUGAGGAAUGGAAAGGAGUUAGAGAAGGACAAGACCGAGUCUGGGCAUGAGGGGAUACCACAGCAUUGUCAACCAGCAAGCUCAAUUUCAAAGAAGCCACCUCCAUUUCCUCAACGUUUUCAGAAGCAAAAGUUGGAUUCUCAAUUCAAGAAGUUUCUAGAUAUGUUGAAGCAGUUGCAUAUCAACAUCCCACUGGUAGAGGCACUUGAGCAAAUGCCUAACUAUGUAAAAUUCAUGAAAGAUAUUCUUACAAGGAAGAGAAGGUUAGGAGAAUUUGAGACAGUGGCUCUUACCAAGGAAUGUAGCUCAUUCUUGCAAAACAAGCUGCCACCGAAGAUGAAAGAUCCUGGGAGUUUCACCAUUCCAUGUACCAUUGAUAGAUCUCUUGCUUAUCCAGAUGGGAAGAUUGAGGAUGUCUUGGUAAAAGUUGAUAAGUUCAUUUUCCCAGUUGAUUUCAUUGUGUUGGAUUAUGAGGCAGACAGGGAGGUACCAAUCAUUCUAGGGAGGCCUUUUCUAGCUACUGGUAGAACUUUGAUUGAUGUGCAAAAGGGUGAACUUACUAUGAGGGUUCAAAAUGAGGAGAUGAUUUUCAAUGUUUUCAAGGCUAUGAGAUUUCCAGAUGAGGACGAAGAGUGUUCUGUGGUUUCAGUGGUAGAUUCUUUGGCUUCAAAGGAAUUAGAAAACAAUUUUGAUGAUCCUCUAGAGAGACUCUUGAUGUUUGAUUCACAUGCAGAGGAUGAGGAUGAAUACUUAGCUUAG